GACGUUUUUUGACAGCUUUCAGGUCCGUGUUGUUUUGGCCCUGGACUUUUGGUUUAUCAUCUUGAAGAAGCCAACGGAUUCCCUGGCAGCUAAAAGAAGCGAGAGAAAACGACUUAUCCCUUGCUUUUAUCCUUUGGCGUAAUGUUCACUGCUAUCAUAGAUUCUAUCGUUCGGCACAUCCGUUCCCGUAAGCGCAAGGCGGAUGUUAUCGAUGGAGAACUCGGAACGUUGAAGGGAUCUGCAGAGACUUCCGGUAAACAUGAAAUAGUUCAGUCCAAAGCAGAGCCCCCUGCAACGAUCGGUCGAAAAGCGGGUAGAAUGAUUGCAAAACUUGCACCAAGAUGGGAUAGUGUUCGACGAGACGGACUGAUUACUGAAGCGGAUGGAAUUGAAACACUACUGGAUGAGAGCCACCUUUGCAGGUCAACCGACACUGUAAUGGUACCAAAGAAAGUGAACCGCUUCCCAACCACACACCAUCGGGCACUACUCCCGUCCCAUCCCCUCCACCCCUACCUCCAAGCCCACCAUACACUCCUGAUCGCUCAUCUCGGGACCACAUCAAAGCCUUGGAAGACCUCUUUGAGCCACUGUGCGAAGAAUCUUUCGGUGUAAUCGGUCAGAAGCCACCAAAGAAGAUCAGAAGGGUCAAAUCUGGAGAGUUGAUUGUCACUGACUCUGUUAAGGAGAAAUACAGGAGAGUAAGGAAGAAUAGAAGGGGCUGAUAGUUGUCCUUGUGUGCAUAGCUCUUUUGUAUGUACCGUUGUACCGUACAUGUAGAAGUAUUUGUGGGGAUUCGCAGGACUUGAGUUAUAUUAGGGAGUUUUGGCAGAAUAGACUGUCUAGUGGUAAUGCUCAAGAAGGACCCGAGAAAGCUAUACGCAGGAAUAGCCAAUAAUGGUGAAAAAGCCAUGCUAGAGAUAGGCUUCAGGGACACUUGCGGUCUAGUUGCUUCUGUAUGCUCCAAAUGCCUGUGUGUCCUUGGUUGGUGUACUUAGAUAUUCACAUUCUUACAAUGUCAUGAACCUAUUGGGACAGUGAAUUCCG